AGCUCCUGGGCACCAACCGUUCUAUCCUCUUCUUUGGCCGCCGAGGCUUCCUGGGCUUCCACUCCCUCUACCUGGAUGAGUACCGCGACCGGCUCUUCAUUGGGGGGAAGGAUGUGCUCUACUCCCUGCUCCUGGAUGGGGGCAAAGCAGAUGCCAAGGAGAUCUACUGGCCACCCCUCCCUGGGCAGACAGAGGAGUGUUUUCGGAAGGGGAAGGACCCAGGGACCGACUGUGCCAACUACAUCCGCGUGCUGCACCCCUACAACCGGACACAUUUGCUGGCCUGUGGGACAGGCGCCUUCCACCCUGUCUGCACCUUCGUCUAUGUGGGACACCGCGGCGAGCACGCCUUCAGCCUGGACCUUGCCAGCGUGGACACCGGCCGGGGCAGGUGCCCGCAUGAGCCCAGCCGUGCUUUCGCCAGCACCGUCAUUGGAGGGGAGCUCUACACUGGCCUCACUGCGGAUUUCCUGGGCCGCGAUCCCGGUAUCUUCCGCAGCAUGGGGACCCGCUCUGCCCUGCGCACCGAGGUGGAUCAGCGCUUAUUGAAUGAUCCCAAAUUCGUGGCAGCCCACUUGAUCCCAGACAACAAUGACCAAGAUAACGACAAAGCCUAUUUCUUCUUCACGGAGAAGGUGGUGGAGAUGGACAGCAAGGAGCACGCCAUCGUCAGCCGAGUGGCGCGGGUCUGCGUGAAUGAUGCUGGAGGCCAGAGGGUGCUGGUCAACAAGUGGAGCACCUUCAAUAAAGCCCGACUGGUGUGCUCCGUCCCUGGCCCUGGUGGCAUUGACACCCACUUUGAUGAGCUGGAGGAUGUCUUCUUGCUGAGGACGAAGGAUGGAAAGAGCCCGGAGAUCUACGCCCUCUUCAGCACCGUCAGCCAUGUCUUCCAGGGCUUCGCCAUCUGCGUGUAUCACAUGGCCGACAUCCGGGAAGUCUUCAAUGGGCCCUUUGCCCACCGGGACAGCCCCCACCACCAGUGGAGUGCCUACGAGGGCAGGGUGCCCUACCCACGGCCGGGUGUGUGUCCCAGCAAGACCACCAACCAGCCCCGGCGGCAGUACGGCUCCACCAAGGACUUCCCCGAUGAGGUGCUGCACUUUGCCCGCGCUCACCCCCUCAUGUACAAGCCCGUGUAUCCCCGGCACCGCCGGCCCCUCCUGGUGAAGACUGACCUGCCCCACCGCCUGCGCCAGAUCGUGGUGGACCGGGUGGAGGCUGAGGACGGGCAGCACAACGUCCUCUUCCUCGGGACGGACGCUGGCUCAGUGCUGAAGGUGGUGGUCCUGCAGAAGACAAGCUCAGCUGCGGCCGAGGAAGUCAUCCUGGAAGAGCUGCAGGUUUUUAAGGCGCCCGUGCCCAUCACCCAGAUGGAGAUCUCCGUCAAACGCCAAAUGCUCUACGUGGGCUCCAGCCUGGGAGUGGCCCAGGUUCGGCUGCACCGGUGUGAGACUUACGGCACGACCUGCACCGAGUGCUGCCUGGCCAGGGAUCCCUACUGCACCUGGGAUGGCGCUGCCUGCAUCCGCUACCAGCCCUCUGGCAAGCGCCGCUACCGCCGCCAGGACGUCCACCACGGCAACCCCGUCCACCAGUGUCUGGACCAGAACCUGACUGUGGACGAUUUUGAGAGCGUUGAGGAGAAGGUGCUUUACGGGGCGGAGGACAACAGCACCUUCCUGGACUGCACGCCCCGCUCCCCGCAGGCCAGCGUGCAGUGGUUCGUGCAGAGGCCCCCCAGUGAGCAGCGAGAUGAGGUGAAGACAGACGAGCGGAUCCGCAUCUUCCGCAAGCUGCACCGCCACGACGCUGGCGUCUACUACUGCAAGACGCUGGAGCACGGCUUCACCCAGACAGUGGCCAAGACGGCCCUGGAGGUGAUCACCAGCGAGCAGCUGGCACACACCUUCCCCCGGCACUGGUGGGAUGAGCCCCCCCGUCCACUUUGCCCUGAGCCCCGGUUAGGGUCACAGCCUCCCAAAACCUGGUUCAAGGACAUCAUGCACCUCAUCAGCUCACAAAACCUGCGGCGGGUGGAGGAGUACUGCACCCGUCUCUGGUGCAGCAGCCGCCCCCACCACCGCAAGAGCAAGCUGGCCCAGACCAAGCAUGCCCUGGCCGGCAUGGACAUGGGCAAGAAGAGACGGGAGGCCAAGCCCUAUGGCGAGCGGAACCGCGUUCCCCGGCAAGUGGCGGCCACUUAG